GCUGCUAGGUGCUGAGGGAUCGAAGAGGCGGUGCGAUCCGCAGGUUCCGCUGUGGGGGAGCGCAAGGCUUGAAGCGCGGCGAGAGACAGCAGGAGACUGACCGGGGAGCGGAAGAGCGAGCGCAGCGAGGAGCCCCGGGAGCCUUCGGCAGUGGCUGAGCCCAGGGAGGAGGGGCGCGCAAUGGCGCACGGAGGGGCGCGCUCUUCUGCUCCACCUUGAGCCCUGCCGGCGACCUGAGAUGCCAAGAUGCCUGGACUGAAGCCUGCACUAUUCUGAGAGGGAGAUGACUUGAGCAGCAGGCUUUUUUUCUUCUCCACAACAAUGUCCAUGAACAAUUCCAAACAGCCGGUAUCUCCUGCAGCUGGGCUCCUUUCAAAUACAACUUGCCAGACAGAAAACCGGCUAUCAGUCUUCUUUUCAGUAAUCUUCAUGACGGUGGGAAUCUUAUCAAACAGCCUUGCCAUCGCCAUACUCAUGAAGGCAUACCAGAGAUUCAGACAGAAGUCCAAGGCAUCAUUUCUGCUCUUGGCUAGUGGCCUGGUAAUCACAGACUUCUUUGGCCACCUCGUCAAUGGGACUAUAGCAGUAUUUGUAUAUGCUUCUGAUAAAGACUGGAUCCGCUUUGACCAAUCUAACAUCCUUUGUAGUAUUUUUGGUAUCUCCAUGGUAUUUUCUGGUCUGUGCCCACUUUUUCUAGGCAGUGUGAUGGCCAUUGAGAGAUGUAUUGGAGUCACCAAACCAUUAUUUCAUUCUACAAAAAUUACGUCCAAGCAUGUGAAAGUGAUGUUGAGCGGUGUGUGCUUGUUUGCUGUUUUCAUAGCUUUGCUACCCAUCUUUGGGCAUCGAAACUAUAAAAUUCAAGCAUCAAGGACCUGGUGUUUCUACAAAACAGAACAUAUCCAAGACUGGGAAGAUAGGUUUUAUCUUCUACUUUUUUCUUUUCUGGGGCUCUUAGCCCUUGGUGUUUCAUUCUUGUGCAAUGCCAUCACAGGAAUUACACUCUUAAGAGUUAAAUUUAAAAGUCAGCACCACAGACAAGGCAGGUCUCAUCAUUUCGAAAUGGUCAUCCAACUCCUGGCUAUCAUGUGUGUCUCCUGCAUUUGCUGGAGUCCAUUUCUGCUGACGAUGGCCAACAUUGGAAUAAAUGGAAAUCAUUCUACCGAGACCUGUGAAACAACACUUUUUGCUCUCCGAAUGGCAACAUGGAAUCAAAUCUUAGAUCCCUGGGUCUAUAUUCUUCUACGGAAGGCUGUCCUUAAGAAUCUCUACAAGGUUGCCAGACGCUUUUGUGGAGUGCAUGUCAUCAGCUUACAUGUUUGGGAGCUUAGCUCCAUUAAAAAUUCCUUAAAGGUUUCUGCAAUUACUGAGUCACCAGUUGCAGAGAAAAUAAAUCAGCCGUCACCCAGUUUAAUAGGACAGUAAUUCCGUGUAAGUUUAGGACAAAAUUAAGAAAAGUUUGGCAAAGUUUUAGUUAAUUGGGUGAGUAUACAAAGCCUAACUGUCAAAUUUAGGUGUCAGCAAAUAGUUUGGGGAGCACUUUUGUCAGAUUCAGCUUUUGAAAUUUGUAAAAUUAACUGUAUAAUUGCACAUUUUCACUUUGUUUUGCCAACUGCAGAUAAACAUGAUGAAAUAAUGCCAUGGAAGUCAAAUUGAAAACAAUUUUGGGCUUAUCUGUAUUAUUUAUGCUGUUGGAAUGAGUGACUCUGUUGAGUCCUAAAGCAUUUACUUGGCCUACUUGCCAAAGAACAUCUUAAAACUGCCUACAUUGUGAAAUGGCUAUUUGGGGGCCACUGCUCUGUAGCUGUUCCUUAUAGACUAGGCUCACUGAAAUGGAGCAUCCUCAUAUUUUGAUCUAGCCUGUUUUACCUUUCAUUAUGUAACCUCAGUUAGUAUAGGUACGGUUGUGUCACAUGGGGUUCACUGUGGUUUAUUGUAACGACCUCCAUAUAUACCAGGUGUGGCUGUCAGGUUGCCUGGUCUUGUGACCCUGUUUGGAAUGAGCCUGUCCUUCUCAUAUUUGACAAAUAUGACUGCUUACAUUGAUUGGUAUGAAGGUCAACUGUUAUUUGAAGGUUUUCUUGGUAAGUCACAGAUUUGCAUAGUUUCCCAAUAACCUGCUUUUCCUUUGAAAAUUCAAGUGCACAGAAAUAAUUUUUAGAAAAACAAAGGCUCUAUCUUAGCUCGUGUAGAGGUGAUUUGCAUUAUAGCAGUUCCUAAGCAGCUCUGCCAUAGGUAAUUCAGACAGAACUUCAAUACAGUGGUAGGUGCAAAGAGCACGGACAAAGGCAUUUGACUUUAAGUAAUCAUAUUUGUGUCAGAGAAAAGAAGACACACAAUCUAUGUAUGAAUAUACAAGGACUAUCUGCAGGUAGUGUGUUUCUAUCUGCAGUGGCAUGUUUGUGCUUUCCACUUACAAACACACACACACAGCAACGGCAAGACAUCAGAAGUUUCUGUUGAAAGUGGCUUCAUGAAGUCUGUCAAAGGGCAUCUUCUACAGCCUGUGCUACCCGUGUUAAGGGAAGAAUUGGAAGUAGCUAGGUGUUUGGAGAUCGUAAUCGUGGUUAACCAAGAGCUCUAGGGGUAAUAAUCUUUCCUCAAAUUUCCUGUUAAUAGUUUAGACUUUUUCUUUGCUUGUUUGCAUACUUCAACCCAUAAAGUUUUAAUAAUCUUUCAAAAUGUACUGCGUUCAUCAGAACAUAGGGCAGAUAGUUCUGCUUUGUAACAGUGAAAUGCAUUUCUAUAGCCUUCAUUAACUGGGGCUCAUUUCAUAGUUAAUCUUUCCUGUGAGACUGGUUUCAGAUUCUCCAUGAAAUUUGGGCAGUUCAACUAGACUUAAGUCAUAUUCACAGGCUUUUGUUUUUGAUCAGUAAUGUACCUUAGAAGUUGUUGUCUACUUUUGUGAAGUUUAGAAAAUUCUCAUGAAUAAGUUAAAAAAGAUUAAGUGAAUAGCCUUUAAUGGCAACCAUUUUAUUCAGUGAAUUUAAAAAAGGGAAACUUGCAUAUACAUACUGGUAUGUGAUAUUCUUAAUUUAAGACCAGUAAAUGAGUAAUUAUAUAAAUUUAAGUUGUUCUAUUUAUAGAGCACAUAGUAGAUGUUUGAUAAAUCCUUGCCAAAUUGAAUCACAAGAAUUUCUUAAUAUGAAAUGAGCAUGGAAGUGCAAAGAUUUUGUACAUUUUUAAUUUAAAUUGACAAUUACAUUGGUAAUUGUGAGAUAUAUGCAUAUUUAUUUAUAUAUGUAUACAUGCAUAUAUACUUGUAUAUGUAUAUAUAUACAUAUAUUUGUGUGUAUAUAUAGUUAUAUGCUUAACAAAAGCCAUCACAAUUUAUGAUUGCUGUUAUAUUCCUAAGUGCUCUCUUGUGUUUUAAGAGGACAUAAAGCCUGGUUCACAGGUGAUCUCUAUUUGUCACAGCUGCUUAAAAAUAUUGGAGUCCUGUGAGCGGAGGCACAGGGAACCAGACCUCUAUUGGUUUUCUUUAUGCUGGCUGGGUAAGAUGCUGCAGUGAACACUUUCUUGUAUCGUGACCCUGGUGAGGGGCGGGGAAGAAACUCUCAUUCAGAGUUCCAGUCCUCUUCUCCUUGAGGCUUUUGAGGCUUUUUGCUAAUUGAUUGGCAGAAUUGUUGCUCUGUUGCUGUCAUCCUGGCAGCAACAGUAUUUGUUGAAGAUACACAUGUCACCCUGGCCAUGUGUAUCUGUGUGGAGGAGAUAUAGGGACAUGACUGUGUGGCAAUGCAUGGGCAUGCAAAGUUUGGGGGAGUGACAGGGACUCAUUCUGCACAUAUCCUGGAAGAAUUAUCUAUAUUAUCCAAGCACAGGAUUAGGACAACUAUAUUUGGUUUAUGAUGAGGUUAAACCCAAGAAGUAGACACCAAAAAUUGAAAAAAAAAUGUAGUAGAAGAAUAUACAUUUACGUUGUUCUAGGUUUUCACCCAAAGAAAAUGAAACAAAGGGAACACAACCAUAUGCCUAUCUGAUUUCAGAAUUUGACUCCUGUUAUUAAUCCUAUCUCAGUAUUGUUAGGCAAUUUACUACAUCAAAAAGAAUAGAGCGGAGCAUUCACCAAUAACUUUUAUACAGAUUUUUUUAAGUAGAAGUAUAUAUGUUUGACUAUUGGAAAUAAAUAGUACAAAUAGUGUUCAACAAGUUCACUGAUUUUGCAGUUUCAAACUCUAUUUUAAAAUUCACAAUUAGACCAGAGUAACUGAAUUUCCCUUGUCAUUGAGUAAAGUAGUAAGCAACUUCUCAUAUUAUUUGUCAUCUUAUUUCUGGGUAAUUAUAUUAUUAUGGGCAAAUGACUUGAAAAUGCCAGGCUUUUCCUGAUGUUAAUGAUUUUUUAAAAAAAAAAAUAAGAAAAAUCCAACAGCAAAUGGGUUUUCUAAUGAUGAACACAAAGACAGAUAAUGAUGACUCAUAAUUAGCUGUGGGUGUGAUCCCAAACAUCAGACUUUUUACUGGUGGGUUUAAGUAGGUGAUAGAAAUGUGCUCUUUCAGACUUUUUUCUGAAGGUGAGAAUUUGAUUCUACUUAUGCAUAUUGCUGAAGUGGAAGAUACCUAAAAGUUCACACACACACACACACACAAAACCUGUCCUAUGUAACAGAUAGUCUUAUUUGCUAAUUUUCAGACUUAAAAACAAAAACUUGCUUUAGUUGUGUGCCUGAUCUUAGAACCCAAGUUAGAGUGCUUGUUAGAUACAGAGAAUGAAUUUUUUUGUGACACUUGUUGCUGGGUUCACCUGUGUUGCCAUUAUUGCCCUAAAUCAAUAAACUGUGGUAGGAAUAUACAGGAUGGAAACAUACGUUUUCUUAAUUCUUCAUCUGGGUGUCAGAAUAUUUUACCACCUAGUAGAUAGUGUUGGAUAUCAACUAACAGUAGAUUUGUGUCCUGUGUGAAUAAAUGUAUUUUGUGUUCUUCUUACUUGUUGGAUUGUGUAAGAGGAUAAAUAAUGAUAUAUUGUGUUGCUUUCAUUAGUAUUCAAUUCAUAAUUUUUGCGAUUUGACUAGUUUAAAACUUCAAACAAAUGAUUUUAUAAUAAACUUGGACUAGUG